AUGACGGGUAUUCCGAUUACGGCUGGUGGUGCGGGGACGGACUACGAGCGCACGUUCAAGAAGCACUUUGGAGAUCGGCCUACGGCGUUUGCACUGUCGGAGCACGCGCGAGCUUCGACUUCGGCACAACCGCUCGGAGAAGAUGCAGUUUGUGGCUCGACCAACUCGAAUACGGUGCGUGCGGGUCGAGUGGAUGAAGAGACGCAUAGCAAGUUGCAGAAUCUGGGCUACCGUAUCCGUGCACGGGUGAAUCAGGGCUACAACCGCACCACCACCUCGCUCGAUCCGUUUGGCUCGUCCGAAGGACAGAUCCUGUCGAAUGUAACCAAUACAAGACGUGCAUGGAGCAGGGUCCAAAGCGCUCCCGCCUCAAAGGACUUUGACACUCUCAAAUCACUUCGCUCCCAUACGGACACUCACAAUGUCACACAAGGAGCUAAACGAAGUCGAGACGAUUCAGACGAGGAACCAGAACGCACGGAAAGCAACUUUGACCGCAGAAUCGCAGCCAUGCCAGCUCUCUCUUUCGCCUCAACCGCCUCGUCCAAUUCGUCCCUCGGAGAUCCACCUCAAACAUCAUGGACCAGAUCGCACAGCUCAACACAGCCGUUCGCGAUCCAGGACACAGACAUGCCCGACUCCAAACUCGAAUACGACUUCUCGACCCACUUCAACAGCACCGACUUUUAA